UAUUGAGAAAAUAUAAUUCCUUCGUCCGAGUAUCCAAGCCUUUCAAGGCCUAUAUAUUCAAAAUCAGUCGUAGAUAACUUCCACCAUGGAUUUUAGGCUACAUUCUCUGGCUUGCCGACUCCAAUCCUGCAAUUCCCACCAGUCCGUUCGCCAAGGGAAACAGCUCCACCUCCUCUUCUUCAAAAAGGGUAUCAUAAACUCCACUCUUUCAAUAGCGAACCGUAUUCUUCAAAUGUACAUGCGUUGUGGCCACACAAGCGACGCGAUACUGUUAUUCGAUGAAAUGCCCGACAGAAACUCUUUCUCUUGGAACACAAUGAUCGAAGGCUUCAUGAACUCCGGAAACAAACAAAAAUCACUUGAAUUCUUUAAUUUAAUGCCGCAAAAGAACGAUUUUUCAUGGACUCUGGUUAUUUCGGGGUUUGCGAAAUCCGGCGAACUAGAUACUGCUAGGAGUUUGUUAAAUGACAUGCCGAGAACAAAUGGGGUAGCUUGGAAUUCGACGAUUCAUUCUUAUGUUAGAAAUGGUCGUGCAGGAGAAGCUGUGAAGAUGUUCAAGAAUAUGAAUUCGGAAACAUUUGAGAGAUUGCGAGGUGAUACGUUUGUUUUGGCCACGAUAAUUGGGGCCUGUGCCGAUUUGGCCGCUCUACAAUGUGGAAAGCAAAUUCAUUCUCGUAUUGUGAUUGAUGGAUUGGAUGUUGACGCGGUGUUGGGGAGUUCGCUGGUUAAUUUAUAUGGAAAAUGUGGUGAUUUGGAUAGUGCGAAUCAUGUUCUGAGUACGAUGAAGGCACCAGAUGAUUUCUCAUUAUCAGCUUUGGUUUCGGGUUAUGCAAAUUGUGGUAGAAUUAAUGAUGCGAGAAGGAUUUUUGAUAGGAAAGAUGAUCCGUGUGUUGUGUUGUGGAAUUCAAUGAUUUCGGGUUAUGUUUCUAAUAAUGAGGAAAGUGAAGCUUUAGUUCUCUUCCAUAAGAUGCGACAAGAUGGAGUUCGGGAAGACUCCUCCACUUUUACUACUCUUUUGAGUGCUUGUAGUGCAUUAGGAAGUCUUGAACUUGGUAAACAAAUACAUAGUCAUGCUUCUAAAUUUGGAGUAAUUGAUGAUGUCGUUGUUGCUAGUUCUUUGCUUGACACAUAUUCCAAGUGUGGGAGACCUAGUGAUGCUUGCAAAUUAUUCAGUGAACUCAAAUUCUGUGAUACAAUCUUGUUUAAUACCAUGAUCACUAUAUAUUCAAGUUGUGGAAGAGUUGAAGAUGCAAAACAGAUCUUUAAGACGAUGCCAGAUAGAAGCUUGAUAUCAUGGAAUGCAAUGAUAGUGGGGCUUAGUCAAAAUGGUUGUCCAAUUGAAGCAUUAAAUCUUUUCUGCGAGAUGAAUAGACUGAACUUGAGCAUGGACAAGUUUAGUCUGGCUAGUGUGAUCAGUGCUGCUGCUAGUAUUUCCUCACUUGAACAAGGUGAACAGGUAUUUGCUCGAGUUACCAUCAUUGGGCUUGAAUCUGAUCAGAUCAUCUCUACCUCCCUUGUUGAUUUCUAUUGCAAGUGUGGUUUUGUUGAAAACGGACAAAAAAUAUUCAAUGUAAUGGUGAAAUUUGACGAAAUCUCUUGGAAUUCAAUGUUGGUGGGUUAUGCUACAAAUGGUCAAGGAUAUGAAGCCUUGGCUCUGUUUGAGGAGAUGAGAAAUGCUGGUAUAACACCAACUGGUAGCACAUUUACUGGGGUUCUGUCUGCCUGUGAUCAUUGCGGACUGGUAGAAGAUGGAAGGAAAUGGUUUAAUGCAAUGAAACAGGAAUAUAAUAUCGAUCCACAGAUUGAGCACCAUUCUUGCAUGGUUGAUCUUUUUGCACGUGCUGGUUGCCUUGAGGAAGCAGUGAAUUUAAUAGAACGUAUGCCCUUUGAGGCAGAUGCAAGCAUGUGGUCAUCAGUCUUAAGAGGUUGUGUGGCUCAUGGAGACACAAAUCUUGGGAAGAAGGUGGCAGAAAAAAUCAUUGAACUUGAUCCUGAGAAUUCAGGUGCUUAUGUACAGCUUUCAAGCAUAUUUGCCACAACUGGUGAGUGGGAAAGAUCAUCUCUAGUCAGAAAGUUAAUGAGGCAGAGGCAAGUGAAAAAGAAUCCUGGUUACAGCUGGGCUGACAGUUGAACAAGACAUUUUCACGGGGAAAUUCAAUUAGUCUAUGAGACUUCUUAAGGAGAAAGCAUGUUAUGCAUGCAUGACUCAAUUUGACCAAGAUUUAUACCAGUGAGCCCAAACAGAUUAGUUUGGUAUCUAUUUCGAAAUGCUUAUAUUAUUUAAGCAGUGCUGCAGGUUGAAGUUAUCAUAAAAUGCAACAGAAUACAGUCACUUCUCAAAAGUUGUGAAGCAGAUAGAAGAUGCCAUAUGGCUGGAGAACAAGCAACUGCUUUAUGGAGUCAUUGAACAAAAGAUAUAAUGGUGAGGCUUUCAUCUUUGUUAGGAGAAAAAAGGUUCUUGAAGCUUGACUUGGUGUCACAUUCACCAGUUCAACCAUGUGCACUCACUUAUUUUGAAAAGAUUAUUUUACCCUGGGUGGCCACAGUUUAAGGGUGCAUAAUCAUCUGAGGUAGGUAAUUCAUAUGCAGAGUGCAAUGCCAUUUAGCAAUGUUUCAACUUUUGCUAGUGUUGCAAUCUAUAUGUUUUCUUAGAGUUCGAGUGAUGACCUGGGAGAUAAAGAUCCUGUAGAGCACAAGUGGGACCCAAAUAUCCUUAGAGUGCAUGUGUAAGACAUAGAAUUUCCGAGAUAGAGAGAUAUAGGUUAUGCAUCUAUAGAGAGAUAUUGUAUCUAUAAAUACAUGUCGUUCACCGUAUGCACUAAUAGAGAGAGGUAUGCACCAUAGAAAGGUGUUAUGAGAGAAUCCAUUAAUUGAUAUCCAUAGAGACAAACUAGGACAAGUUUAUAUAUAUUGUGAACUACGAUUACCUAAGAGAUUGAGUCACGUUGUCAAGGUGUUGAAUGUUUGCUUUAGCCUAGUUUGAUCGACACAAAAGAUGAUUUUGAAAAGAUUUAUUUUUAAAUAAAUAUUUUCUCCACAUAUUCUGAUAAGUAUUUUAAUAUGCAUUGCAUUUCAUUUUAUCUGAGUUAGGGUCGAGAGAUAAACUCUAGAUGAUGAAAGAGAAUCAAUUUAGGAAUUUGAGAUUGAAAUUGAAGAAAGGGAAAUAAAUAGAUUGAUUGCAUAAUUCUCUUAUAGAAACAAAAACAAAAAAAAAAAAACGGAAUUUUACAAGUGAGAGAUGAUUUAGCUAUUGUAUGGCGACGAUCAGCUCAAAUCGAGGCAUGAAAGGACUAUUUGUUAAUGAUGAUGCUUUUUUGUUUUAGUAUGUGUUGAUGUUAUUUUAUGAUUGGAUUUGGAUAUUUUAUGCACAUUAGUUUUAAAUAAAUUACCUUCUCUUGCAUAUAUAGUCAAGUGAAAGUAGUAUUUCUCUAUUGAGGACAAUAUUUCUGAAAAGGGAUAGUAUAGUUGUUCCAUCAGGGCUAGAUGAUUUCACACCCACUUGUGAGGUAGAGUAUCCAUCACCUAAGCACCCAACACCUGAGUCCUCAGCUCUUGAUUCUCCAUCACUUGAUCCCGUUGCAUAUGAUCAUGGUUUGGAGGAUGGUAUACAAAAAAGCUAUGUUGACAUAGUCAUAGCUCAAAUGGAGAGUGAGAUGGAGGAGUGACUUUGUCAUAUAAAAGGCCUAGUCAUAUAGAGACAUAAAGGCUCAUAUCUUUGACAAAGAUAGUUGGUUGGCCUGAUAUAAUAUAUUUUCCUUUACGAAAUCACUUAUAAAAGAAUUUGUGGAUUCAAUAAAAUAUGUUGAAUUUAUUACAAGAUGUUGAGGUCGAUGGGCGACCAUUUUUGAAGGGUUCCACAUCGACAUGUUCUCUGACAGGUAAUAUAAGUACAAUAUUGUUUGUUAGUUCAGGGUUGUCUUUAUAUACAAAUACUUUAAAUGAUUAUUUAUUUGUUAUUGUUUCAAGAUUCCAGGUUGGAUGUCUUUGUCAAUAUUCUCUCGUAAGAGGAGUUAAUAGUUGCAUGUUGUGUCAAUAGUGAUUUUAACAAUUUUCAUUGUGUUUCUUUAAACUUGUUUAUGAUGUUUAGUUUUUACGAUUUUUUUUAUUUGUUUUUGUUCCAAGUGGUCAAGAUCAAUGUCGUUAUUGACAUUCGAUGUCAUUCACCAUGUUGUCAUCAUCAACUUUUUGUUUGAGAUCUAUCUCGACAUACUGAACCCCUUGUAAACCAUCAUUAUCUUGUACAUAAUUAUCUGAUU